GCUCAACUGUGCCUUAACGAAAGCAACCUCCUCUGAUGACAUGGACACGCUUAGUCAUAGAUGAUUAAGAUUAUUGUCAGUAGGAAGGCGGCUGGGUGUGUCCGUUACUGAGAGGUGGACUGGAUUUAUACGCCGCUGUCCCAGUGGAGAAAAUAUCUGCUCUCCACAGUAUUGAUAGGCUGGUUUCAUGUUGAUAUUCUGUCAAUCUACUAAACUGGGAGAGAUCAGUGUUAGCAUAGCAGUCUGCGCACCGGACCCAACCAGGAAGUCAACUAAGUUGCAAUUAGUCUCACUUUGAUUUUUAUUACGUUAACGUUUGAAACAACAAUAUGAGUUCUACUGGCUCUCCGCAGACUAUUGGGGAGUUGUUCCUCGUCCUCAGUGAGAUGGGUUUCACAGAGGAACAGAUCCAGGCAGCUCUACAGGCGGGCCAUUUUUCUGUGCCAGAUGCUGCUGAGUGGCUCUUACAGGGUCAGUUUCCGCGGCACAAGUUGGUCAAGCAGUCGUCACAGCCAGCUGAGACAGCAUUUUCUGCCUUCAACCCACCCAAAGAGGCAGCGAGCACUUCAGAGACACAUACAUCUCCUUCUGACAGCAGAGCCGCUCCUUCAUUGGUGCUCAGACCAUCGCAGCCAUACACCUCGUCCCUGGACCCGCUCCCGGUCGAGUCCCGCAUCAAGCAGGACAAGAGUAACUUUGAAGAGCAGCAGAGACAACGCGUCGCUCAGGAGGCCAGAGCAGAGAGACGGCAAAAAAAACAGGAGCGUGAGAUGGUGUUAAAGCGGAUAGCUGAAGAUCGGAAGAGUCUGCAGGAGAAGAUCCAGACCGGCGCUGCCACAGAGACGUCCCCUCCCAGUGGUGAGGGGCAGAGGCCUGAAAGAAAGAUUCAGACUAAUGUGGAUAACAACUGUGUCCUCAUGAUUCGGCUCCCAUCCGGCGAGUCCAUGCGUGAGCGCUUCCCAGCUGAUGCUCCUCUACGCAGCGUCGUGGAGCACAUAACCGGACGUCACCCCUCCCUACCCUCCUUUUCCCUUCUCCAGGGUUUUCCACGGAAACGCUUUGGGGAGGCAGAGCUCGCUUGUUCGCUGCGCUCUCUGGGCCUCACACCCAACGCUGCACUGUGUAUUCAGACCACUCCUCCAGAGACACCUCACGAUGCAUGGAGUCCUGCAGAUCCACCAUCAGCGGGACAGAAUGAGCCGUCUCCGUGCGAUUUCUCUCCUCAGCCACAAAUCCCUGCCCUGGAGGGGGCGGGAGGACAGCCACAAAUCCCUGCCCUGGAGGGGGCGGGAGGGCAGGACCUUGUUCUGCCUCCUCCACUACCCAACCAGGUGUGGGAAGAGGCAGUGAAUUACGCGGGUUUACCAGGAGCUGGUCCUUCACUCUCCGGGUUGGCUCACUUCUGGGGGCGAGGCCAGAGGUUGGUUCCUGGUAAUGCUGAGGGAGCUGCUGGCAUAGAGGUGGAUGAGGAACAAGAAGAGGAGGAACCACAUCUCGUGCUUAAUGGAAUGCCGAGGCUGCCUUUCUUUCCGGAGAACAGGUUCAGAGGAGAAUUUGAACCAAGGCACUACUGGCCAGACCAAGGCAAUCGACUCAGGGAGGCUCCAGAAGAGGACCCAGCAGAGCCCGAGGAUGCAGGUGCAGCUGCAGGUCUGGCUGCAUUGGAGCGUCUUCAAAGAGCUGCACAGCAAGAAGACGCCCGUGCCUCCCAGGGACAACCAUCGCCUCCUAAAAGACCCUUCAGGACACCAAGCGUGCCAUCCCUAUGUGCCUUGGCCAGCCGUGCAACUGUCCACCUCAUGACUGCUCCCAACAUGCAGUACAGAAGCAGUCUGGCAGGCCUCACCCCAGAGCUAGCGGAGCUUCUGCUCAACCACAUGUCUCGAGAGAGGCUCCUACGUCCACGCACCCUGGAGCUCUUCUUCGGCUGCCCGUUGCAGAAGUUGGUCUUAAACUGCUACCCUUACUCCACCAAUGAGCUUCUGCGGCAGUUGCGGGCCUUCAAAACACUGAAACAUCUGAGUCUGGUCAACUCGCAUCUCAUCACCGACUCAGGGCUGUCCAUCCUGUCCAGCCUGGUCAAACUCCAGUACCUCAAUCUGGCCUCCUGUAGCAAACUGACCGACUCCUGUCUGCAGCAUAUCACAGGUUUAAAGAGUUUGUGUUUCCUGUCCCUGGACCAGACCAAAGUGACUGAUGCUGGGAUGGUGCUGUACCUCCAGUCAACUCAGUCCCGCCUCUCUCAGCUCAGCCUGAACCAGACGGCUGUGACUGAGGCCACACUGGUAGUCCUGACCACCUGUGUGCCGCAACUGCGGCUCCUCAGCAUCAAGCAGACAAAGGUCAGGGACGUGUCUGCUUUGGUAGAGCUGCCCAACCUGCAGACACUCAACCUGGAUGGGACAGGUGUGACAGAAAGCUCUCUGGAGCACCUCGCCUCCCACCCUGCCCUGUCUUCCCUCAGUUUGGCGGGUGUUGCUGUAGCGGACGGCAAUCGGGCCCUUCAGAUCAUCUCAGGUCUAAAGUUGACUCACCUGACCCUCCCUGGACGCCACAGUGUGACAGACAGUGGGUUGGCAUUCCUCUCUAAGCUGUCUCUGCUCUCAGAGCUGGAUCUGACGGACUACACACAAGUCACAGACCAGGGAGUCAGCCUGCUCUCCACCAUGACCAGGUUGAAGAAGCUGUCACUAAGCAACACUCAGGUGACAGAUGCAGGGCUCCCGUCUCUGCGUGGCCUGCAGGAGCUGGAGGAGCUGUGUUUGGACCGAACAGCAGUGACCAGCCGAGGAGUGGCUGAGCUCAUCACCUGUCUGCCGCACCUCAAGGAGUUGGGGUUAGCCAGCAGUCAGGUGGGAGACACAGUAGUGAGGAGAGGUCUGAUCCACUGCAGUCAGCUUGUUAAACUCAAUCUCAGCCGCACACGGAUCACAGACCACGGCCUAAAGUACUUGAAACACAUGCAUCUGGCUCAGGUGAACCUGGACGGCACCGGAGUCAGUCUGAUGGGCAUUGCAAACCUCCUCUCUCUCACUAACAUCAGCAGCAUUCGUGCCAGCAACACUCGCAUCAUCCCUGCUGAUGAGGUCUCAGAUGAGGAGUGGGAAGCCCAGUGAGCAUGGAUAGCCUCGGUUGGUCCAUGCAUAACGGUACCCGAGCGCGCCACUGGUUGCUGCAUCCCCCUUUUGGCCCGUGAGACAUAGUUCCACCGGGAUCCUCUUAAAAACACUCCUCCCAGUUGCACUGUUUCAACUGCAGCUUGUGCCACUAAUCUGCCAAUCAGGCGUGCUACCAAGUUGAAACCUUUAACAGUGAGCCUCAUGUUUUAAAAACUAGGCCAUUACCAAUGUUUACGUAUCAUCUGUAUUUACAUGCAUACACACUAUAGGUAUUGAACACCCCAUGUGACAAACAUAACAGCUUUAGGAGUUUUUGUGUAGCCUUAUAGGUUGGAGCUACAAGUUUUCUCCUGGUUGGCACUUCUCAAGCCGACUGGUAGGAACACAUUAAGUGUCUGAGAAGUAACUCGCAACACAGCAUGUAUUUUGAGAGUAUAAUGACUAACAGAUGAAAACUAAAAAAAAGAAAUUGUCAGUUUAACUAAAUACGGUUGAAGAAGAAGUAGUUUCGUGGGGAAGCGAACACAGCUAACAAUGAAUCUUAAGCUGCAUUCAUGUCAUGUUGGAUUUAUUACAAGAACAAGCUGAGUUCACAUUAACCUCCUAAUGUUUGUUAGGCGGUGAGUUAGUUUAUUUAUUAGCUUGAAUGUUGCUAUUCAAAACUAUUAAUCGUGCAGAAAACACUGCUGCAGGUGUGAGCUGUCCAAUAUAAUGAAAAUAUUAAUUUCACUUUAUGUUGUGUAACACUUACUGCUUCUAAAGACUAAAGAUGUCGACUCCUGUAACUUUAUGAUUGGCUUGAAAUCCUUAAAAACAAAAGGAUGCUCAUGUUGCUGCCACCAUGACAAAAAAAAAUAUUUGUUUUUAAACCAUCCUGCCAGGUCUUUACAUGACUGAUCUGGGCAGAUACUGACUAGAAGAACCAAGUUGUCAAAAGGAGUGAUGUUUCAUGAUGAGCAAGUCAGUAUGUUUUAGUGUGAAAUGUUAUAAUGCGCAACAAAUAUGAGAAAAUAUUACUUGUUGUAAUGAUUAUCUUAGUUGAAAGAACUGGCAUGUACUAAUGAAACUUUGGUUAACAUAACAAUGUCACAGAGGUAGCAAAACAGAUACCUUUCAGUGUUAUGCUGACGCCAGCCCGGUUUGACGUGAACACAGCUCAUAAUGAAGACUUUAUAACUUGUGUAUGGAUCACCUGUAUGGAUGUUAGCUUACAACUAACCACAAAUCAUUGUAAAACUCUUGUAUUUUUCUCUGUAAGUGCAUCCUGGAGAUGCACUGGAUUCCGUUGAUAGUUUGGAAAUGGCUGUCAUUCCCCCUUUUUUUCUUAAAAGCAUUGGUUAAGACAAAAGAUGCCAGCUGUUUUUUGUUUUUUUGAGACAGCCAACCCAUUUUCAUUUACGUGGAAGAUGAGUUAAGCAGCAUACACAGUGUAGUGUGGGCUAUACGAUGAUGUAGGAUCUAUGCAGCCAUAGGGCUCACAAGCCAGAAUCCAAAGCCACUUCUUUAGUCACUUCAAAUUUUGUGUUUACAAAGAUGUAAAAUAGUUUAUUUUCCCUAACAGCUUUUGAUUUUUGGAUAGAGUACUGUAUUAAUUAAGCUUAAAAUAAUAAAGUCCUCAAUCUAAA